UGUUACUCGCUUUCCUGCCAGUGGGCAGAGCGAACACACGGAGAGGCUCGUGUGCACGGCGUGCUGUGGUCUUUCACAGUCUGCUCAACGCAACGACAUCUCCGCAACAAAGUCUUGUGAUCGCCUCGUAUCACCACCGUGGGCCAAAGACAGAAACCAUUAGAAAGGAUGCAACAGGCCUGAGUCCAGGGAGAUGCUACUGAGCGCUGAGGAUGGGCCAGAGAAGGAAAUCUUGCCGGUGAGGCAAACAAGCAGCCCCCCAAAAACCGCCCGCCGCCACACCGACUGACACAGCCAUGCCCCGCCUGCCCUCCUGAGCCCCCCCCCCCCCUCUCCCUCACCUCUGUAACCCCCCGGUCAAAUCAGAGCCACUGCGGCCCCCUCGUCCGGUCAGCAUGGCCACGCCCUUCCUGUGGAAGCUGUCCUCCCAGAAGCUGGGCUUCUUCCUGGUCAGCUUCGGGUUCAUCUGGGGCAUGAUGCUGCUGCACUUCACCAUCCAGCAGCGGGCCAGCCACGAGAACAGCGGCGUGCUGAGGCAGCAGAUCCUGGACCUGAGCAAGCGCUACAUCAAGGCGCUGGCCGAGGAGAACCAGAGUGUCAUGGACGGGCCCUAUGUGGGCACCAUGACGGCUUACGACUUGAAGAAGACCCUCGCCGUGCUGCUGGACAACAUCAUGCUGAGGCUGGGCAAGCUGGAGUCCAAGGUGGAGAACAUCUACAAUGGCACGGGGGGCAACCUGACCAACGGCAUCGCCACCGCCACACCCAGCGCCUCCAACACGGAAAAAGUAAACGUGGCGGACCUUCUAAACGGAGCCCAGGAGAAGUGUGAGCUGCCGUCUUUGGAGGGUUUCCCUCACUGCGAGGGCAAAGUCACGUGGAUGAAGGAGAUGUGGAGCACGGACUCCUGCUACGGCAGCUACGGCGUGGACGGGUCCACCUGCUCCUUCUUCAUCUACCUCAGCGAGGUGGAGAAUUGGUGUCCCCGCCUGCCCUGGAGGACAAAGAACCUGAACGAAGAAUUGGACCGGAGGGGACAGGCGGAGGUCCAGACCAGUUUCGAGGAGCUGUACCGCGUGAUGUCCCAGCGCGAGGAGUUCCGCUGGAUGAUGCUGAGGAUCAAGCGCAUGGCCGAGCCGUGGGUCAGCGCCAUCCGCUCGCUGGCCUCCAAGCAGAACCUGGCCAGGCGACGGAGGAAGAAGAUCCUGGUGCACUUGGGCCUGCUGACCAAGGAGUCAGGCUUCAAAAUAGCGGAGAACGCCUUCAGCGGCGGCCCGUUGGGCGAGCUGGUCCAGUGGAGUGACCUCAUCACCACGCUGUACCUGCUGGGCCACGACGUCCGCAUCUCAGCCUCCCUGGCCGAGCUCAAAGAGAUCAUGCGCAAGGUCAUGGGGAACAAGUCCAGCUGCCCGACCCAGGGCGACAAGGUGGUGGAGCUCAUCUACAUCGACAUCGUGGGCCUCACCCAGUUCAAGAAGACGCUGGGACCUUCCUGGGUCCACUACCAGUGCAUGCUGCGGGUGCUGGAUUCCUUCGGUACGGAGCCCGAGUUCAAUCACGCCCACUACGCCCAGUCCAAGGGCCACAAGACGCCCUGGGGGAAGUGGAACCUCAACCCGCAGCAGUUCAACACCAUGUUCCCUCACACCCCAGACAACAGCUUCCUGGGCUUCGUGGUGGAGCAGCACCUCAAUGCCAGCGACAUCCGGCACAUCGACGACAUCAAGAGGCAGAACCAGUCGUUGGUCUACGGCAAGGUCGACAACUUCUGGAAGGACAAAAAGAAAUACCUCGACAUCAUCCACAGCUACAUGGAGGUCCACGGCACCGUGCACGGCACCAGCACCGUGCACCUCCCGAGCUACGUCAAGAACCACGGCAUCCUGAGUGGCCGAGACCUGCAGUUCCUCCUCCGAGAAUCCAAGUUGUUCGUGGGUCUGUCCUUCCCCUACGAGGGUCCCGCCCCCCUGGAGGCCAUCGCCAACGGCUGCGCUUUCCUCAACCCCAAAUUCAGCCCAGCGAAGAGCAGCAAGAACACGGACUUCUUCAAGGGAAAACCCACCAUGAGAGAGCUGACCUCUCAACACCCGUAUGCUGAGUUGUACAUCGGCCAGCCCCAUGUGUGGACGGUGGACAUCGAGAACCCUGUGGAGGUGGAGGCGGCCAUCCACUCCAUCCUCAGCCAGAAGAUUGAGCCCUACCUGCCUUAUGAGUUCACCUGUGAGGGGAUGCUGCAGAGAGUCAACGGCUUCAUUGAGAACCAGGACUUCUGCCACGGCCAGGUGAUGUGGCCCCCACUCAGCACCCUGCAGGUGAAGUUGGCCGAGCCGGGACGCACCUGCAAACAGGUGUGCCAGGAGGAGCAGCUCGUCUGUGAGCCGUCCUUCUUCCAACACCUCAACAAGGACAAGGACCUGGCCAGGUUCGGCGUGGACUGCCAGACGGUGGAGUCCAGUGCCGACACGGUGGUGCCGGCCUACAGCGAGACCCGCCGCCACUGCAUCUUCCAGUCCGACCUGCUGCUCUUCAGCUGCGCCGGCGCCCACCAGUCGCUGCAGCGCAUCUGCCCGUGCCGCGACUACAUGAAGGGCCAGGUGGCGCUGUGCAAAGACUGCCUAUAGCACCAACAGGCAGGCCGAGGAAAAGGAGAGGGGGGGGGGGUGAAUGAAGCCGGAGCAACUUAACAAGUGUUUGAGACUCGUGCUGCUCCCCAUCGAACACACUUUAGUGGGAAGACGUCUGGACAGAAGAGACUGUGUAUGUCCAUCAUAUUUAUUGUUCCCCCCCUCAGCUGCAGGAAGUGAAGCAGCCCAUCCGAGCAUCCGCAAGCCGCUGCCUCCCCCCCUCCCCACCGGAUUCUGCGGAAGUGCUGUGAAAUUACUUGAAUCAACAAAGAGGGAGCCGUCGUAGACUUUUAAGAGUGCUGCUUCCUCCUUUGGUAGACUGCACCAAUCAGUGACCGCCUGCCUGUUGUUCUUCAGGUUCAGGGCAGCGAGGUACCAAGGAGACUCAGCCCCCCCCCCUCCCCUCCCCUCCCCUCCGUCCACCUCCCCUUGGUCUAAUCUGAAAUUGUUUAUUCUUUUGGUAGAUUUGCACUGGACUGGCUCGCCAGAAGGCCCACACACACACACACACACACACACACACACACACACACACACACACAGUUUUACACUGUAACCAACUCGUUGGUCUCGUCCGUACAAACAUGAGAGCGGACCUGUAUCGUAGAUAUUUUUAUCCUGACUCGU